AUGGCAUUCCAGUUGAAGUACCCAAAGAACCCCGCUGUUGAGGCCAACAUCAAACUCAUCGACGUGCGCCACGAAACUGUCGCUGUACAAGCGGCCGAGGGCUGGGCCAAAGUCAACGGCAAUAACAAGCCAGGACUAUGCUUCAUCACCGCAAACUCUGGCUUCUGUAACGGCUUGCCGGGUCUCAGCACCGCCUUUGCAGAUCGGUCCCCCGUAUUUUGCAUCACCAGCUCGCCGCCGUUGCGAGAUGCCGAGACCAACACUCUCCAAGGCUUUCACGACCAGGUCGUCUUGUCGAAGCCUGUGACCAAGUUUUCUCACCGUGCCACGACCGUCGCCGAGAUCCCUCGGAUUGUGAGCUUGGCAUGGCGAGCAACGACUGCAGGAGCGCCUGGGCCGGUGCUUGUUGACUUCCCAAUUGAUGUGCUUUUCACGCCUGUCCAGGUGGAGAGCAUUGCCUGGGGAUCGGUUACAGCGGCACCGACGUUCUAUCCAGCCCCCAAUGCUACAGCUAUAGAUCAGGCGAUAAAUCUGUGGGAAAAGGCGAAACGACCAGUCAUCAUUGUAUCCACUGGUGCUGCUAGGGCAGUAGAUGAAGUCAUAAGGCUUGCGGAGGCAACUAACACGCCAGUGUUCCACUCUCCCAAAUUCUCGACAACGAUCCAGCAUUCACAUCCUGUGUUUGCUGGUGCGGCGACUCAGCUGCCAUUUUUGCUCGCUGAGAGACAGGCUCCUGACUUCGUCCUUCUGCUGGGAGCCAGGACUGGGUUCCUCCUCGGUGGCAGAAGUGGCGCAAUCGUGCCGGACGAGGAACAUGCAAAGGUCGUGCAGGUGGAUCUUGAUGGGAGCGAGAUCGGUCGUUCGAGGAAGAUUGAUGUGAGUUCUACGUCUCGGAGCUACGAAUAA